GCCUUGUUCGCUUGUCAAACUCCUGAGAAUUGUCGUCAUCGGAGUUGCUUCGAUGACACUUCUUUGGACUCGCGGACGUUUUUUUUUCCUUGUGCGGAGAGCUCUCUCGGGUGUAUUAAUGUGAAAGAGAGAAGGACAGAAAUUCGUUGUAUCUACUUCCCAAUCGAAUAUUUUUCCCCAUCAAAUAGUCAGGUAUUCGAUGAAGAAGAUAGUUGCCGAAUUGACUAGGUUUGAUCCCAUACAAUGUAGAAAACGUCUCCUUUAUCGAAAAAACAUUCAUCAUCGAGGGGGUGCGGAUACUGCCGAUAGAUCGUUCCUACUGGGACAAAGCGUAGACUGAAAAAGUUGGAGCUGGCUGUCGACGGCAACACCUACGAAAAUAUCCCACGUUAUGGCAAAGCUCCACAGUACUCCGAUCGGUUCCGAAAGUAGGUCCUCCCGUCCUCCGACAAAUUACAGUCCAAUCAUUGGUUCCUGGAAUUACUCUCUUGUUUCACGCAGAUUUACCGGAGGCCGCUCACACGCAUCGCAGACGCUGGACGUGAUCAAGACCAUCAUGCUGAACGACAAGCAAAAACAUGAUGUGAUUGACGCCGUCAAUGUGGAUUUCGACAUUCCUUUGCUCUCGGAGGGAAUCGAAAGGAGAUUUAUCGAGAAUUUCGUCGACCAGGCGGUGCCCGCGAUGGAACCAUCGCUUUCGGCGCUCAUGCCACCCGCGUAUGUGGAUCUGGUCAAGGUCGCGCUGGACGAAACCCUUACGGCCGCCGAAAGGAAGGAAUGCAUGUCCGCACUGCUACGUGGCGAGCUGGCCGUUCCGCUGUCGAAGCAACUCAACGAGCGCGUGGACGUUUCGUACAUCCCGGAGAGCAUGGAGGGCAAGGUUCUCAAGGUCGUGGCCGAAAAGAUGGUCAACGAAAUCGUCGCGGCGGCCGUAAAAUCGGACUAAGGAGGCCAGGCAGAAUUAAGUGACCACACCGGCAAGCUUGGCUCCGUCAUUCUCGCUUGACCACGGCAGCAUUCAUGUUGUCCUUGUGUAGAGUAUUGUCGUUCAUGUCGACGAGGCAACAGCGGGAGUAGAAGCCACGUGCGGGCCUACUCUCAAGUAGGACGAAGGUUGGCCGAGAAACACCUGGGCUCGUUGCCCCGUACAAGUAGGCCUUAUCGAAGAAGCUUUCAGCCUAGGAGGAGGCGGUGACCGUACUGCUGUUGUUUGCCCACGCGAGUGGGCCAAGAAGGUUCAUCACAUUUCUUUGUGACGACCAAGGUUUGGUCGACAUGUUUCAGUCUCUAUCGGCUGCCUAUACCACCCUCCGUAGGGUGAGCCGGGGGUACGGGCUGACGAGGCAGGUAUCCUCUUCUUGAGGCUACCGUGGUACGUUUCAUGAGAUGUCCCUUGACGUUACUGUGGGCUGCCCACGAAUCGCCAUAGGGAUAGGGCCACCCCACAGGGGCCGACACAGGCUGAUCGCGACCCCUGGCCCCCCUUGGGCGGCCCACCGGACCCACUGUAGGUUCUUUUGUAUUUUUGCACUCACGGAACAUCCUGGUCGACCGUAGUUUGGGGGUGGCGGACAAUGGGCGGCCCGUGAGUCGCUUGAUCGAAGCGUAUGUAUGCUUACGUC